GCGCGCUCUGUGCAAACAUCUGCCCUCUCUGAUGAUCUACAGGAGACUUCAGUUCUCCAGCGCAUUCACUCUCCUCACACCAAACCUCGGAUCAGGAGACAUGACCCUCCGUUAUAUCGCUCUCUUGAUCGCUGGACUGAGCGUCCUCACAUGCAAAACAUGGGCCGUGGUGGAUGUGAGCAUGGAAGACCGGGUGGAUGUAUCUUUAAAAGGCCAGGCUGAAAUUCCCUGUCUGUACAAUCUGAAGGAACCAGCGAAGAUUAUAACUUGGUUUACGAAAUUGCCAGGCAGGGACCAAAGCAUGAAAAGAAUCUACUACUAUGGUGAUCAUGGCGAGGUCAUUGAAGAGGGCAGUGACUACACUGGACGGAUCAAAGUCACACACUCUCAUGAACCACAGAACAGACGUGGAACUGUUAUUCUGAUCAUCGACAGCAUACAAUUGAGUGACCAGAGGGAGUUCAUCUGCAUCGUGCAUAAUACGUCGUCAGACAGUGGUGAAGGACACACUCGUCUCCAAAUAUUCAACUCACCAUCUCUACCUGUGAUUGAAGAAACACACACAGGGAUUUCUGUUAAUGCAGGGGAGCCAUCAAAGGUUGCACACUGUACAGUGAAUGAUGGAUAUCCUAGACCCAACAUCACAUGGUACAAGGACACAUUCCCUCUCCAGCCAUCAGAUGGUGAUAUAAAGAUCAUAGAGUCAGUGACAACCAAUUCCAACGGCCUGUACACAGUCGAGAGUGAACUGCUCAUUAAGGUUGAAAGGACAGAUGAAGACGCUCAUUUCUACUGUGAGGUCAAGUAUUUUGUCCCUGGUGGAGUAAGAAUGACAGAAUCCAGGAAAAUCAACAUCACAGUUCACUACCCUACGACAGAAGUAACACUGUACAGAAAUCCACCUGAUAGGCUUAUAAAAGAAGGCGACACUGUGGAGAUCCGAUGUGAGGGAAACGGAAACCCUCAGCCUCUUUUUACUUUCACACAUAAUGAAAAGGGGGAUUUGAAGUCAGAACAUGAAAUGCUGCUUUUGGAAAAUGUCACACGGUCACACAGUGGGACGUAUAUGUGCCAGUCAUAUGACCCUGAAUCAGACUCUGACGCUGAGGGCUCCAUCAGUAUUACAGUGCACUUUCUUGAUCGUAUUGUGGUGACACCAGAGGAUACGGUUCUGGACCAGGGGAAAGAUCUCACCCUAACCUGCAAUGCUUUGUCUUCUUUACCCACAAAGACUGUAUGGUAUAAGGGUGACAUGCGGCUGUUGGAGGGGCAUGUUUUGGAGUUACAAAAUGCCUCCUAUGACACUGCUGGCAUGUAUAUCUGUAAAGUGACGGUCCCUUCAUUGCCUGAGCUACGAGAAGAAAAGUCAGUGCAAAUCAGUGUGCGCGGGAAGCCGAAGAUCACAGAGAAGAUGAGUCCGAUUAAUAAGGCUGACCGCUCUGUUAACCUGACCUGCUACGCACAAGGCUACCCGUUUCCCACCAUCACCUGGACCCUUGCUGACGGACAGACUGGGCAGCCUGUCCCUGUGCCGAAGGCAGAGACUCAGAAGAAUGACACUGGUGUUCUCAGCAUGAUCUCUGUGAGGGCCACGUCUCAACUAAUAGCCAAUUGCAGCGCCACCAACGAGUUGGGGACAGUAUACGUUUCUCGCAAGAUUGAAGCAUUUCCACGUGUGACGACAACUACAACCCAAGCCACCAGCACUAAAGGAACAAGAUUUACCGUUCCACCAAAACAACCACAUACAGGAGGUGGCAGUGGAGUCGUCAUAGCGGUCAUCAUCAUCUGUCUCCUCCUCUUAGCCAUACUGGGCAGUGUGCUCUACUUCCUCUACAAGAAAGGAAAGCUGCCCUGUGGACAGUCGAGAAAGCAGGAUUUCACGAAGGAAAAGGCCAGUAAGGAUGAUAUUGUGAUGGAGAUGAAAAGCGGUAAAUCUGAAGAGGCUGUGCUUCUACAAGGAGUCAACGGAGACAAAAAGUCCCCCACUGAAUAGGUCAUUACCUCUGAACAAAGAUUCACAUAAUUAGCUGUUUUACAGUCCACUGAACUCAGAUCCAAUCUUAAACAAGACCCGACCCUCACCGUGCCACGGAAAACAUACUGAUAUUUUCUUUCAAUUAGAGUCAAAGACUGAAAACUACAUGCACGAGGAGAAACGCUAGCGGCCACACAGCACUCCGUCUCAGGGUGAAUCCCAAUCUGAGUGCUCAAAGACCUCACAACACGUCCACAUGACUUCCCACUCAUUUGUCUUCCUUUUCUGCCCCUUGUUUUAUAUUUGACCUACUAUAAUCUGAUUCAGUAUACAGUAAGAUGAUCCACCAAGUUCAUUAUGGACGACUCCGCUCCAGUAUUUACAGAUUGUAUAUAAAUAUGAAAUACUGUAUAUAUUUAGCUAUUUAAAAUGCCUGAGACAUUUGAAAGGCUGUGCUUGAGUAUCUUUUUGAUAAUGCAAGUCCCCCUAGUUUGAGUCCUUAUUUGCUUUGUGUCUGAUUCGAACCUGCUCUCACCUCUGCCGCACCAUAGUCCAUGCACUGAACCGUCUUUACCACUGUUAACAUUCAUCCGUCCUCUGGAUCAGCACUGAAACUGCCCAGUGAUAGAGCUUGAGGGCAAUUUCUAUACAAAUAAAUCGUCAGGAAACGUCUCUGACAUGGCUGACCUUUUUUUCCAAGUAUGUAAGCAAAAGUUCUUCUAAAUGUUGGGUUCAUGUCAUGCCUCUGUAUUUUUAUUUUUAUGUUUUUAUUAGCGAUAUCAAAUUAGGUUCAUGUUCACCACAAGGGCUGAGUGAGUUAGUUCAUGUCUAAAAAUGUCCCUCUGGUCUGAGAGAAAUGGAAGUGUCCUGUAAAGCUCAGCUGUGUUUUUAUUUUUUAAAUGCCGCUACCUGCUGUCCUCAUCUUGCACUGAAUGUAAAUAAUAAAGAAAUACAUGACCAACCCUCCCAUUUUUAAAUUUUAGAGAGAAUAUUAAAAUGCAUGUGGAAGUCUGCAUUCAUUUAACACAUUGGAGGCACAGUAGAACAGGAAGAAAUGCAGGUGUUAUUUUUAUACUUAGACUUACGGUAUAUUUUUAUUAGAUUUUUUUCAAUCCAUAUUUUGAUGGUUUAUAAGUUGUAUGUUAAUCUGUGCAGUAUGUACCCUGUACUGUAGGCAAUGCAGACCCACAGACGGAUACUAAAGUCCUUAUUACACUGAAGUUCACACGUUUCAUUUCCUCUGCUUUGUUACACUGUUUUUGUUUUGUGUCAGUGGUAUUUCUGUUAAUGCUUGUUUUUGAAUUGUCCUGGUAUUUCUAUUAAAAAGGGCUGGUUUGCCUUAA